AUGCCCGAUGCGUUCUUCAGCUCUAGCAAACCCAAGCCACGAAAGAGGAAACGAGAUGUAUCUGUAACAAAACCAUCUUCUUCUAAGCCUGUUAAUGGUAAAUUAAAACGCUCGAGACGUGAUGAGGAGCUAUCGGAGACUGGGGAGAGCGAUGCCGGCAAUAUUGACGACAUGGAUUUGAGGGCAGAUGAGGUAGACCCAGGCGAAAGUGGAGAUGAAGAUAAUGAGGAAACUCCUGCGGAAAAGAGGCUUCGGUUAGCGAAGAUGGUUCUCGAGGAGCGGAGACAAGAGCUUGCUGGAGACGAAAUAGACGCUGCAGAAAUAGACAGGGAGAUAUUGGCAUCAAGACUUAAGCAAGACACUUUGCAGCACUCUGGUAAAAUAUCUGUAUUCCUCGCUAGCAAGCUACAAACUUCCUCCCCCGUAUCUCGCUACACUCGCCGACAACGAUUGCCAGUUACAGCUGCCGUAGCCUCUGAAGAUGGGUCCAUUCUUUAUACCGGCUCUAAGGACGGGUCGAUCACCAAAUGGUCACUUCAGCAUGCUACUCAUCUUUCAACGUAUGCCAAAAUUCCGUCCCACACUCUGCCUAUGACUGGAAAGGGAAAAGGGAAGGGUCGACGUGUUGCAGGGGCCGGUGUGGAAGGUCAUAUUGAUGAGGUAUUGGCUUUGGCUAUCAGUUUUGAUGGGCGAUAUUUGGCUAGUGGUGGGAGGGAUCGAAGGAUACUAGUCUGGGACGUAAAAGAGGAUGUGUUUGUAAAGGCGUUCGAGGGUCACAAGGAUGCAAUCACGGCCCUUGCCUUCAGGAAAAAUACCUUGCAAUUGUAUUCGGCAUCUCUAGACAGAACUAUAAAGCUCUUCGAUUUGGGCGUGAUGGGAUACGUAGAAACAUUAUUUGGGCACCAGGAUGGUGCAUCAUCCUUGGAUGCAUUAUCCGGGGAGACGGCUGUCAGUACUGGGAUGCGAGAUAGGACGGUACGGUAUUGGAAAAUCGCGGACGAGACACAGCUGGUGUUCCGUGGUGGAGGAAGGAGCAAGCUACGGGAGGUCUUGGAAGGUGGAAUGGAGGAAGCGAGUGGAGGAGAGGAAGACGCGGAGGAAGAGAAUCCGGUUGGACCUCGAAAACGAAAGGGCAAAGGAAAGGAGAAGGAAAAGUCCAAGUCGUUCUUGGAGGGUAGUAUCGACUGCGUUGCAAUGCUUGACGAAUCGACAUUUGUCAGUGGUGGCGACAGCGGGUCGAUAUGCCUUUGGUUUACUUCCAAGAAGAAGCCUGUGUUUACUCAGCCUCUAGCCCACGGUAUGCACGAGCAUCUGUCAGAGUCGGAGGGAACAAUCGCGACUCCUCGAUGGAUUACGACUCUAGGAGCAGUUCGAUAUGGAGACAUAUUUGCUUCAGGCUCAUGGGAUGGUAUAAUCCGGCUAUGGAAACUCGAUAUCAAAGCCCGCUCGUUUUCGGCGCUCGCUGAGAUACCUGCCCCGGGCUUCAUAAACUCUCUUCAGUUGGUACUACCCCCUCGAGAUACGGCUCUAACCCACACUUGGGGGAUCAAUUCUGAACCUGGUUCAACUCUGACAGCAAACGGAGACUCGGAAAAUCCACCAAAAUUGCCGCCCGGGCGAACGAGAGACGAAGUGCUUCUGGUUGCCGCGGUUGCUCAAGAACCAAGGUUGGGGAGGUGGUUGAGGUUGCAUGGGAAUGGCGAGAAGAACUCGGCGUUGGUGGUUGCGCUCCCGAGAGGGGACCUGGCUCUUGGUGCGCGAACGAGUUGA